AUUAUUAUUAGUAAGAGAGGCGUUCAUGUGUAUCCUUUCUUUUUCUUUUGACCGACAUCAGUUAAUUUCUUGUUUGGGUACAAUUUGUGUCGCUUUUUCUUCUGUUGAGGCGCUUAUUUCGCACUUCUAAGUUAGCCAGUUUUGGAGGUAACAAUGGCCACCCGCAAGAUGAACUUCUUUGAAAAAAUGGCCAACAUGCUUGGCUGCAUCUACCGACAUCAAGCUGCCCAGUUCCCUCGAAGGUGGGCUAUUCUAAAGGCUGUUGGCAAACAUGAACUUGCUCCACCAAAGGCAACUGACUGGCCAGUCAUUAAGGCAGAUUGGAAAAAAGUGACGCAGUUCAUCUCAAAAGGACAGUAUAAAGAGCUUACUGUUAGGGAAGGACUUGUAUACAUGGCUGUUGCAAUGGAAAUUAUGUUCUGGUUCUUUGUAGGAGAAAUGAUAGGACGUCGGUACAUCUGUGGUUAUUUGGUACCUGCUGAUUAUGUCUCACGCGAUACGCGCAGAAAGAACGAAACAUUAACGGGCGCAGCGAAUUUACGGUGGUUUACUGUCUCAUCAGAAUCGCACGUGAUGGAACCUCCCAGUUACGUGUAUUCGGAAACAGAUGCACGUCAAAGAUCCGGCGGUGCGGGAUUGGGGACCUCAACAUCAACUACAGCGCAGUCCGGUGGAGAUUCACUUCCAUUCAAUUUCCAGUCACAGCUUGGAAACAUGAUGUGGGAAGCAGGAUCUAAGCAAGUGAAGGAUACAUUUUCAUCAUAUGGAAAAAUAGACAUUUUUCGGCCAUAUUUCGACGUAGAACCCAGCCAGGUGCGCAUUCGACUUCUUCGAUCGUUUGUGCCACGUCGGCCAUCCAAAAUCUCAACAUCGAUCGAUCUCUAUGGUCCUUCGAUGGUGGUGCUUACAAUGGUUGCAUUACUUUUGUAUAACAUGAAGAGUAGCGGAUAUGUUGUGCAAAAUGGGACGCUCAUGGGCACCUCCUUUUUUGCUUGCACUGGUUCUUGGCUGAUGCUUUCUGGUGUACUUUAUAUUCUAUGCUUCCUUCUUGCCGCUGAAAUUUCGAUGCUGGAGCUGGUCUCUGUUUUUGGCUACUCAUUGACGUCGCAGUGCGUGGUAUUGUUGCUUACUUCAAUUUACCAUACCUCACACGACCACCUCUUCUUUUUUAUCUUAGUGGGACUUUGUUGCGUUCCAAGCGCUAUUCGAAUGGGUCUCAUCGUUGGCAUGAGAGCUAGAAUUCCAUCGCAUCGCAUGAUUCUCAUUAUUGCUCCUGUUGUUGUCCACAUAUUGCUGAUCUUUUAUCUACACUUUGGAUUCCAUGUGAUGCUUGAAGAGAUCGAUCAAAUCAUCGAAGGAAACGAGGGGAAUGUGGCACAAGUCAUCAAGGAUAGCAUGACAGCAGACACGUAGGUGAGACUCUGCUCGAAGCAGGUAGUAUUCAUGAAGGAAGAGCUGUUACUCGAUGGAUUUUGAAUCUUUUUUUUAAACACGUGGUGGAUUGGUGUAUAACAGUGUUUUCAACUGUGAUUUGAUAAUUUAAUUAAUGUAUAAUAUAAAAUUUUAUUUGUCAUGUCACCUAACAUUGCCUAUAAAACUGG